AUGGCGCCCGGCAGCGGACGCGAUUUUAACUGCUCCUGGGAGCAAUGUGGCAAGUCCUUCAAUCGCAAGUCUGACCUCUGUCGCCAUUAUCGCAUCCACACCAAUGAGCGGCCCUACCAAUGCACUGUCGCCGACUGUAACAAGAGUUUCAUCCAGCGCAGCGCCCUGACCGUGCACUCAAGGACGCACACAGGCGAGAAACCUCACGUUUGCGAUCAUGAAGGCUGCCAUAAGGCAUUUUCAGAUUCUUCGAGUCUGGCCCGCCAUCGCCGGAUCCACACCGGCAAGCGGCCCUAUGUCUGCCAUGAGCCCACUUGUGAGCGAAGUUUCUGUCGCAAGACCACUCUCACAAAACAUCAACAUCGUUCGCACCCGCCCGGUAGCUUGACCCGACCAUCGUCGGAAGAAGCGAGCUCAGAGCAUUCAUACGCAACACCCGUCCCGGUAUCAAUAUCGAACGAGCAGUAUAUGCUUGCGCAGCAAUCUUACUACCCGCAAGCGGCGACCCCGACGCAUGAGUUUUACUCACCGCAGAGCGUCCAGAUGACCGCUGUGCCCGUGCACGAAGCCGCGCCGACGAUUUUACCCCAGAAUGUCCCUGUGAUGAACUCCCCGAUACACAUGCACGCCCAGCACCCGCAGCACCCACAACACCCACAACAGCACCCGCAUGUGCAUCAUCAACAGCAGCAGCAGCAGCAGCAGCAGCAACAACAACAACAACAACAACAAUAUAUGCAGCAGAUGAUGCAACAGCAGCGAUUUGAGCAAAGCCCGCGCACGAACUAUAUACCAGCGGCUUAUGAGCAAGCGGCAUUCCAAAAUCAGCAGCAACAUCACCACCAUCAGCAACAACAACCGCAGCAACCGCCGCCGCAGCAACAGCAGCAACAGGUGCCUUCUGAGCAGCCAAUCAUGGUUUCAUACCAUUCAAACUAUGUGUACAAACCCCCCGGCUCUAGGAUCUUGAACCAACCGGCGGGGACUGACUGGGGCUUUCUGGGGGUAGGCUAA